AUGUCGUGGUUUGAGCCAUUCCCGCUUAGCAUCUACCAGGAAGAAAAUGAAAUCACGGGCAAAAACCCCCCCGAGGUGUGUCCCACCGAACCGUUUGUCGCCGGCGUCAACGUCCGCUGUGGCCCGUUACUCCGCCUCUUUGGCACCCACGAAGGCAACCAAGACAACUACCGGGGGCUGAUCCUUUUGGUGGUUGAUGAAACUGAACCCAUGCCUGAAGUGACGUUUGAUGUUGGUCCGCUGGUGGGCGAAGGCGAGCCCCAGCUAGAACUGGGAGAGUUUGUCGGUACCAAGAUUGCCGUCGAGCUGGGGCUUGUAUUCUACCGUUAUUUGAUUGAUUUGAGACUUGCUACCUAUGAACAGUUGGUCAAAUAUGCUGUUAACGGUGUCCACGUGCUGCUGUACCUGUUCUUUGUCCCCGCGCUGGCGAUGCUGAUGAACGUGGUGCUGUACCUGUGUAACGGGAUGUCUUUGGGAACUGACACUAAGGACUUUAAACUGUCGUUGUGGCUUGACGUGCUUAAUAAGCACGCCGACUUGCACUACCACGUGAUGCUUGGUGGCGGCGACCAGCUCUACUGUGACGGGAUCAAAUUGGCGCUGCUGAAGGUGAAACAGUGGGCGGAACUGUCGAAAUACUCCCGCAAACGGCACGUCAAGGUGACCCCGGAAUUGGACUUGGAAGUCGACAACUACUACCUCAAGACUUACACUAACUGGUUCGGUAAAGGGUUCCUCAAAGUCAAAUUGGGCACGUUGGUGCUGUCGGCAUUCCCCCGGGCAUUGCUGAUGAUCCCGUCGGUAAACAUUUAUGAUGACCACGAUAUCAUCGAUGGCUACGGCUCCUAUAAGGAUAAGACGAUGAGAGGCGAUUUGUUCCAGCUUCUUGGUGCCAAGGCAUACAAGUACUACAUGUUGUUCCAGCAACACGUCUCGUUGGACGAGCCUCUGUACGGCAAAGCCGAGCCGCUGUGGAUCUUAGGUGGUGUUGGCCCCUAUAUUAAGCAGCCUAACCACCUGAUCUAUAUGAAUUUGGGUAAAGAAAUCGCGUUGCUUGGCCUUGACUGUCGUACUGAGCGUAAGCUUGACCAGAUCUGUCUGAGAGAAACGUAUGGGGUAGUGUUCGACCGGUUGGAACGGGAGAUCCUGAAUAACCCUAACAUUAAACACUUAUUGGUGAUGUUGGGGGUGCCCAUCUUCUACCCCAGAUUGGUGUGGCUUGAGAAAUUGCUUUCGCUGACGGCUUUGGCUCCGGCAAGAAUGAUGGCUCAGCGUAAUUUAAUCAACAAAGGGUUGGUCAACGAGUUUGACGGUGAGGUGGAAGUAUUGGACGAUUUGAACGACCACUGGUGUGCUGCCGACCACAAGGCCGAACGCAACAAAUUGACGAAGCUGUUGAUUGAAUUUGGCGCCGCUAAGGGGGUCAGAGUGACGAUCUUGCUGGGUGACGUUCACUUGGCGGCGUUGGGCCGGGUGAAGCUGAAGUUCCACAAACACCCCACCAUGCACCGAGUGGUGGAGAAUAAGGAUGUCGUCGUCGAAAACGCCAACGUGCUCGAGACUCCCGAAAACGACCCCCGGCUCAUCUUCAACGUUAUUUCGCUGGCAAUCAUCAACGGUCCUCCUCCCGACGGCAUGGCGACGUUAUUGCAAAAGCGGCUGAGAAUCCACACGUUCGACAAGAACACUCAGGAAGACUGUGUGCCGUUGUUCUUCUGCGACGUCAACGCUAAAGAUCGCGACAACAACCGCUUCUUAAACAAGCGCAACUGGCUGGACUUGAUUUUGGCGAAACAGCUGCCGUUGGCGGCGGAGUGUAGCGAGACCAACCCCGUGCGCCGCUUCCCGCAACCGAUUUUGCCCGGGUACCAGGACCAGGUGGAGCUGGCGUUGGCCCACCAGAAGGUGAGUGCCGAGUGGGUGAAGUAUCCGUUGUACCCGGACUCAUUGGUCACUCGUUUCCGUGUCGAACGCGAUCCCAAUAACUUCAAUGCUGCCACCACUUCCUACGAAUUGUACGUGCCGCCAUUAUUCGGCCAAUGGAAGCUCGAAAAAGCCCCCGUCAAACACGUUGACAAGUAA